UUCCACGGAGAUAUCACGAUGAAGUCCGCGGUUGUGACAGUAACGUUUGUGUUAUUCCACAUUUUAAUUCAUGACCUGAAGGCGAAUGUUAUUCCACCGCGAGAUAUCCACUGCACACCACCUAUGGUUGCAGGGUGUACAGGGUGCGGUGGUACAUGUGCGGGUCUGGCAUACCGAAACACUCCAUGUCUUACUAUCUGUCGGUUCGGAUGCGCGUGCCCCCAGGAUACUUACGAGCAGGAUAAUCAGUGCGUCCCGGCCUCAAAGUGCGUCGUCAACUGCCCCGAAAACAAGCAUUUUGAUCCCUGCCCUAAAUUUAAAGAAGUCACUUGUGAUACAUUAAAGGAAAAACAAAUAAAAGAACACAGCUGCAAUCCCGGCUGCGUCUGCGACCCGGGAUACGUUUUAGUGAAGGAGUUUGAAUACCGUUGUGUAAAAGUCAGUGAAUGUCCAAAGUGAUGAAACCAAAUGAAAAUUCAUCUAAUGAAUAAAGAGAUUUUACUGAGCAAAA